AUGGGUUAUGACUCUGACGGAUCAGCCGGCCUCGGUUGUUUGCACUGUGAACAGGUUUCCGCAGAUGACUGUGUCGGGGCUUUACCCGUCGCUCCGGCUUUCAUCGCCUCUAGCGCCUCCUCGGCCGAUCCCGGCUCCUGCUUCCCUGUCGAGGCCUACUCCUCCGGCUCUUUCGUGAUUGCGGCAACUGCACACUACCUCACCACUAGCCUCGCGAUACGGCGUCCCAGAGGCUUCCAGAGCGUUCUCACUGAGGGACACGGCGGCAUGAAGCGUACACGCACCAGCGACACCACGUCAUCACACGACGCGACCGGCAGGACCGGGAUUCAACGGGCGGAUGAGGCAGAGGGCUCGCCUUCAGACUCUCUAAGUUCAAGCCCACAUGGGACUGACCGCAGGGGAGAUGCGUCUCCACAGCAGUCUGUCAAGGGCAGCCAGAGUUGGGAUGAUUCUGAAGAAGAGGAGAUGCCUGAGGAGACCAUUCCUGUGUUCCGGAUGCAGGAGAAUGCCGCGACGAAGAGGACAUCCAAAAAGUCCAGGCGAGUUGGUGAUCUUCCUAUUGAGCCCGACUGGAGGGGCAUGGCGGAGAAGUUCUCAGAAACUGGCUAUCUGCCAAUUACUAAUGCCGCACUGGACUAUACGUGUGAUACAGAUCAUCGUUUCGCUCAUGACCUCCGCACAGCGCGAGUGACGAAUCGUGACCGCACCUGGAGAGACAUGUCAGCAAACACUCUCAUCACGAUGCCGAAAGAGCUGGUGAAGGAGUUGAUCACCGGAUCUGGCUCGACAGAAGUGCGUUUCGCCGAAGAGGUAGAUGCGUUCAACGAGCGCGGAAGGGAGCAGGCAUGCAUAUACGCGCGGAUCCUGGUGGACAAAGACGGUUAUCCCCCUUACAUUGAAGACGUUCGCGUGCUCUUGAAGGAGCUCGAGGCCUACGUGCUGCAUGCUCGUACAGCCGAUGACCGUCACUACAAGAUUGAUACGAUGUUUGAUGAUGAUUGGUCGCAGGACCAGAGUCGGGCCGGAGACCGGAGAUACUUUUCGGAAUCGGGCUCGUUCAGGAGAAAGGUGGUCAAGGUGUUCUGCCUCGCGUUAGAGCAAGAACUGAGGGCUAAAGAUAGGAGAGGCGCCAAGGACAAGGAUUUCUUCGUGCCGUCUUUUCACUACAUCGGCUACGCCCUUAAUUCCGCGGUACGCGAAGAACAGCAUUCGUGGACUGGAAGUGCUUCGACGAACUGGCUUGGGUCCUUAGUUCUAGCCAUUAUGCGAUAUCACUUCCCCGAAGAGGAAUACGAACUCGAGUUCUUCGUCAUCUGCCUUCUCGGAUUCGAAGAGCAGGCUGCGAUUGCAGAAGUGCUCCUUGCAAUCAUUGGCCACGGGUAUUUCUGGACUGGGCUCGGCUUCAAUAUCGCCUUUUGCGGUCAGUCUGUUAACAGCAUCCAGAUGACCGCGCUCUCACAGGCGGAGAGGAAUGAGAAGUGGGACGACUGGGCACAGUAUAUUCACGACCACACCCCGUUUGCAGAGAACGGCAAGAGGGAUGAUCGCCUGACCGACGCGCUUCUGAAGAAGGAGAGGCGCGUAGUCUACGACGCGGCGCGACAGGAAGUCAUGGAUCUCAGAAGCAAGCAGGAUGAUGUCAAGGCCAAAUUCAUGGCGAUCGACUGGGAGGAUGAGGACUUCGAUGAUGAGGAGAUCGUGGAAUUGAAGGAGAAGAUCGAGCAAAAGCUCAAAGUGCUCGAGGAUUUUGAUGUCAAGCACGGCAGCAAGCUCCAUAGGGCAUCUCUAGAGCCUUAG